AUGAGCACCAGUGUGAAGUUAGGUUAUGAUCCUACUGGUAAAAGUGUUGAUCAGACAUUGUACAGAAGUAUGAUAUGUAGUUUACUUUAUCUCACUGCUAGUAGACCCGACAUAGCAUUUAGUGUAGGGGUUUGUGCACGUUUUCAGGCUGAUCCCAAGGAACUCCACCUGAGUGCCGUGCGGCAUAUCGUUAGAUAUGUAAAUGGUACAGUUGAUUAUGAGAUCCUGUACUCUCAGGAUUCUACUCUUGAUCUUGCUGGCUAUUUCGAUGUUGAUUGGGCUGAAAAUGCUGAUGAUAGAAAAAAUACUUUUGGAUGA